UGAUUGUUUCUGCAGGAAAUCGACAGUCAGUCGGUCUUUCGACUGGAAAUGAACAACCAGCUACAUUUUCACACAUUGAAUAAGUGUCUCAUUAUGUCUACUUUUUGAACUAAUAAAGAAUAUUUAAAAUAAGCAAAGCAAACGUUAGCCAACUUGCCUGGGAAACGCCCUGUCAGUAACGUUAACGUUAGAUAGGCGUGCUAGCUAUAGCUAGCUAACCGGUUUGGACCACAGAAAUAUUUACAUGGUUUGACAUACUGUACACCGAUAAAAUGGAGCUGUUUCAAGCCAAAGACCAUUAUAUUCUCCAGAGUGGCGACCAUGCUCUUUGGUGUAGCCGAAUAGAUGGGACCAUGAACGCCAGACCUGCAACAGACCUUCUGUUAGCUUGGAACCCAGUGUGCUUGGGCCUGGUUGAGGGUCUCAUCGGGAAAAUACAACUUCAUACAGAUCUUCCUCUGGGUCUCAUACUGAUCCGCCAAAAAGCGCUGGUUGGCCAGAUGCCAGGUGACCACAAAGUCUACAAGAUCACCAAGAUAGCUGUCAUUCCUCUGUCUGAGGAAGAGCCACUGGAUCUGGAGCUGGAGCUUUGUAAGAAGCAUCACUUUGGGAUCGACAAGCCAGAGAAGCUUGCACCGUCUCCAGAUGAGUCGAAGUACCUGAUGAAAACUCUGAGUCAGAUCAAGUCCAAUGUUGGGGCUCCCACUAAGAAAAAGUAUUCCCCUGCCUUUCAGGUCAAGGAAAACAAAGAGAAGGAACGUCUCGAGAGGCGGCUGCUCGACGAGCUGUACAAGAUAUUCAUGGACUCCGAUUCCUUCUACUACAGCAUGACUUAUGACCUCACCAACACUGUGCAGCGGCAGGGAGACACAGAAAAGUCCAACUUACCCCAAUGGAAACAGGUGGAUGACAGAUUCUUCUGGAACAAACACAUGGUCCAGGAGCUAAUUGAUCUGCAGGUUCCAGAGGUGGACUUCUGGGUGACACCCAUCAUUCAGGGCUUUGUGCAGGUGCAGGAGCUGGUAGUGAAUUACAACGAGAGCCCAGAGGAGGAGAAGAGCAGCCCCGAUACGCCGCUCCAGGAGCUCACCUGCGUGGACGACAUCCACCCGCGCUUCACCGUGGCCCUCAUCUCCCGCCGCAGUCGCCACCGUGCAGGGAUGCGGUACAAACGCAGAGGGGUAGACACAGAUGGACACGUGGCUAACUUUGUGGAGACAGAGCAGCUGAUACACGUGCACAACCACUCACUGUCCUUUGUGCAGAGCCGCGGUUCGGUGCCUGUCUUCUGGAGCCAAGCAGGCUACCGCUACAACCCCAGGCCUCGGCUGGAGAAAGGAGAAAAGGAGACCAUUCCUUACUUUGCGGCUCACUUUGACGAGCAGCUCAACCUUUACAAGAAGCAGGUCAUCAUAAACUUAGUGGACCAAAGUGGGCGUGAGAAGAUUAUUGGCGACGCAUAUCUCAAACAAGUCCUUCUGUACAACAAUCCUAACCUUACAUAUGUCUCUUUUGACUUCCAUGAGCACUGUCGAGGUAUGAAGUUUGAGAAUGUGCAAACGCUGACAGAUGCCAUCUCUGAUAUUAUCGCAGACAUGAGAUGGGGCUGGGUGGACCAGGCAGGAGUCAUCUGCCAUCAGGAGGGCAUUUUCCGGGUCAACUGCAUGGACUGUCUGGACAGGACCAAUGUAGUCCAGGCUGCCAUAGCUCGUGCAGUAAUGGAGGCACAGCUGAAGAAACUAGGUGUGAUGCCCCCUGAGCAGCCUCUGCCGCUCAAGUGCUACAGGAUCUACCAGGUCAUGUGGGCCAACAACGGCGACACCAUCAGCAGACAGUACGCCGGCACAGCCGCCCUCAAGGGAGACUUCACCAGAACGGGGGAGAGAAAACUGGCCGGGGUGAUGAAAGAUGGCGUGAACUCAGCCAACCGCUACUAUCUGAACCGCUUCAGGGACGCAUACAGACAAGCAGUCAUUGACCUGAUGAUGGGCCAUCCUGUGACAGAGGACCUGUACUCCAUUUUCAGUAAGGAGAAGGAGCAUGAGGAGAAGGAGCAGGAGAGCCAGAGAGUAACCCAGGAGCAGGUCAGCCUCCUGCUACAGACUUACAUGCAGCUACUGCUGCCCGACGACGAGAAGUUCCAUGGUGGCUGGGCCCUCAUCGACUGUGACAUGAGUCUUAUUGACGCAACCAGCAAAGACGUGGAUGUUCUCCUGCUGUUAUCCAACAGUGCAUAUUACAUUGCAUACUAUGAUGAGGAAGCUGACAAAGUCAAUCAGUACCAGCGCCUCAACUUGGAGGGUUUGGAAAAGAUUGAAAUAGGCCCAGAACCUACUCUGUUCGGGAAGCCCAAAUUCUGCUGUAUGCGUCUACACUACAAGAAUGAGGAGACAAGUGGGUAUUUUCACACACUGAGGGCUGUCACAAGGAAUCCUGAGGAUGACGGUAAAGACACGUUACAGUGCAUAGCUGAGAUGCUUUGCAUAACAAAGCAAGCCAUGGGACUUGACAUGCAGGUGAUUGAAAAGAAACUGGAGAGAAGGCACAGUAAACCUCACGAAGACAUCAUGGGCAGACACCCUGACCAGGUCCUUGGCAGCUCUGGUCUGGCUCAGGGAAAGAGCUUCCUCCUCAACAAGUUCUCCUCUCUCAACCAGAGGGUGAAGAAGUCCAAUGUCAACAUGGGCUCCUUCAAGGGGAGGCUGGGCAACACCUUCUCCACUAAGCCCGACGUGAACUUCCUGAAGCCCACCAUUGGGAUCACCCUCUGGAAGUCUGACAGCAGCUUGGAGACCUCCGAGGGAGCAAACACCGGCCCGGCUCUGAAGGACCUCUGUGACAACCACUCAGAGAUGUCGUCCGACUCAGAUUCGUACAACUCGGAUGAACACCUGCGCGCCGGCUCCUUGGAAAAUGUGGACUAUGUGCUGCCCAGCUGCGGCAUCGUGGCAUCAGCUCCUCGGCUAGGCAGCGUGGAGCUUAACAUCAGAGUCACUGGCUGUGACAGUAAACAGGGGGCUCCGGCUCUAGCCGGUCCUGAAGACCAGUCUCCCGACGCUACCUCAGAGGGUGAGGAGGCCAUCCUGAUAGACUUUGGAACGCCCAUUGAUGCCUAUUGCCACCAAUUCAUCCAAGAUGCGCAGACCAAACCUGUGGAGGUAUUCGGGGAGCAGAUGACUGGUGGCAUCCCAACACAGAACCCACAUGUCCCUUCACAUGCUAAAGGUCCCCUGGCCCCAGACGAGCACCCAGGUUCAGAUCAGAAGAUGCAGGCGAAAGAGCUCCAGCUCCCUUCCAGGCCAUCCCAGCUAGAUGUUACCUCCAGACCCAAUCUCCUGACUGCCCAGAAGCUCAGCUCUGCAGCUUCUGGCAGCUCCCAGAGGAGCCUGGGCUCUCACAUGGAGGGCAGUCUGGGCCCCUUGCCCGCCGACGGCAACAGCAGCCGAGUGGUCUCCCCCUUUGCCAAGAUCAAGAGCUCAAUGGUGCAGGUGGCCAGCCUGACCCAGGCCGGACUUACCCAAGGCAUCAACUUUGCCGUGGCAAAGGUGCAGAAAAGCCCAGAGCCAGAAAUGGGCGGUGUCAAUGAGACACAAGAGAAAGAGCUGAAGGCAAUGUUUACACAGUGCCAAACGAGGAUCAUACAGAUCUAGCACUUCUAAAGUUGUAGCCUCUAUAAGCAGGUUUUUGUACAGUUAGUAGUAUAGUAUGUGACUUCCAGUACAGUAGCUAGCAGUAGCAUAAGCUUGCACAAGAAGGGACCCACACUGACUUGACUAAGAACCCUGCUCUUCAAUUCCCCUUGUAGUUGACCUGACCAUGUUUACAGCCAGUGUUGUAUAGUAUAUAAUACCCCAGCUCAAUACACGGCGUACUUAAUCCUAAUGCAAUUUCUUUCCGACUACCGCAAAGCAUUAUAUUCUGCCAAUAUGAACUAAUUGAACUAACAAUAGCCUAAAGAAAAUGAUUGAAUGAAAAGCAGCAAACAGACAACAUUCUUUAAUUAGACUCAAACAGAAAAAGGCAAUAGCUACACCUCGUUUCAAUUUCCCACCCAAAUACAGGGAAACUCUACAUAUUUCAAUGUGUUGAGUGCGCAAGUGGGUCUGUACUCUGUACUGUACUCACCUUCGUUGACGUGUUUUGCUCGACAAAGACUGAAGCAUUCCUUUCAGUUGAUUUUCCAGCUACAUUUGCAUGUCAGGCUAUUGUUGAUAACUGAAUUAGAUAAGGUAGGCAAUAUCCAGUGCAUGUUGAGAGAUGAGCUCUGAAUGGAUUACUUUUGUGAUUCCAUAGGUGCAGUUGACCUAUUGGCGUUUGUGAUAUAGGCCUAGUUCAUAGCUCUGUUUCAAAAACAUUAGUAGAAGUAUCUGACCAAAUGUCCCUAUUGAUUUUCAAAGGGCAGCUCAAUGUUAGAUAUUAGACCUACCCUAGGCUAGUAAGAAAACAAACAUACAACUCCUAGAUAAAUGGGGAUCAGUAGCUCGGUUUCAAUCAAAUUGGUGACAGAGUUUCAUGCGAAUAUUAAAAAAUCUGCAUUAAAAACAAUUCUCAUUUUCCCAUCAGAGAUGUUUCCAUCAAAUUGACUUGUUGUGGAUAAAAAGCUGUGCAUGAUAACGUAGUGCACAUAAAAAUUACUUUUGCGGUUACAUUCUCGUUCCGGAAAAAAAACUAAACUAAAUUGGUUUCCAUCGCAUUUAACUCUGUUUUGUCACAAAACAAAUUGUUAUACAGUGGGGUCAGAAAUUAUUGACAACUUUAAUAAAGAUGAGCAAUGACUGAAAUAAUUAAAAUACUGAGCUAUA